CUUGGGGAGCCAUCCCCGGUGUCCCAGGGAGCCGGGGAGGCGCGUCCCCGCGGCUGGGCAGCGUCCCAUUGGUUUCCCGCCUCGUACGGUACCCGCCUCUUCGGUCGCUCAUUGGUUUUGAGAUUCCAUGGUGGGUGGGCCUUGGCUGGAGCCUCCACUUGAUCCGCGAUCCCCACCCCGCUGCCCCCGCCACCGGUUUUUAGAACCGAAAGCUGCCAUGCGUUCCGGGAGCCGCGGGCGGCCUCGGCCCCGGCUCGGCGAUCGCGGCGUCAUGGCGCCCAGUUCCCCGCUCAAGCGCCGGCUGCUUCCGCGUGCCCAGCUGCUGCCGCUGCUGCUGCUGGCGUUGGCCUUGGGCUCGGCUUUCUACACGCUCUGGAGCGGCUGGCACCGCCGGACCGAGGCGCUGCCACGGGGCCAGGAGCUGCGGAGCCCGCAGGUCGGAAGUCUGCCUGAAGCCCGGCUGCGGAGGGUGGUGGGGCAGCUGGACCUGCAGCGGCUGUGGGGCAAUUAUCUGCACCCACUGCUCAUUGUGAGGCCUCCAGGCACUCCUGGCAAUCUCCAAGUCAGGAAGUUCCUGGAGGCCACGCUGCGGACCCUGGAGGCCGGCUGGCAUGUGGAGUUGGAUCCCUUCACGGCCUCCACGCCCCUGGGAACCCUGGACUUCGGCAACAUCGUGGCCACACUGGACCCAGGGGCCGCUCGUCACCUCACCCUCGCCUGCCACUACGACUCGAAGCUCUUUCCUCCCGAGGCAGCCCCAUUCGUGGGCGCCACGGAUUCUGCCGUGCCCUGUGCCCUGCUCCUGGAGCUAGCCCAGGCCCUUGACCCAGAGCUAAGCAGGGCCAAGGAACAGGCAGCCCCUGUGACCCUGCAACUGAUGUUCCUGGACGGCGAGGAGGCGCUGAAGGAGUGGGGGCCCAGGGAUUCCCUGUAUGGAUCUCGACACCUGGCCAAGCUCAUGGAGUCCAUGCCCCAUAGUCCCGGCCCCACCAGGAUCCAGGCCAUCGAGCUCUUUGUACUUCUGGAUCUCCUGGGAGCCCCAAACCCAACCUUCUACAGCCACUUCCCUCGCACCAUCCGCUGGUUCCAUCGGCUCAGGAGCAUCGAGAAGCGUCUACACCGGCUGAACCUGCUGCAGUCGCAUCCCGAGGAAGUGAUGUACUUCCAGCCCGGGGAGCCCCCCGGCUCGGUGGAGGACGACCAUAUCCCCUUCCUCCGCAGAGGGGUUCCGGUGCUCCAUCUCAUAGCCACGCCCUUCCCCUCCGUGUGGCACACCCCUGCCGACUCCGAGGCCAAUCUCCACCCGCCCACCAUUCACAACCUCAGCCGCAUCCUGGCCGUGUUCCUGGCUGAAUACCUGGGCCUCUAGCCUGGCAGACAGCAGUGACCCAAGGGCAGACCCAGCUCCAAGGGAGCAGCGACCAGCAAGGGGGACCUGCCGAGGGCAACGGACCCGGGAAGUCUCUUCUACAACUGCUGAUGCUGUGACCAGAAAUCUCCUCCCCGCUGACUACCUCAGCUCCACCCUCCCAGGACGGGGAAGAGACCGUGGAGGAAGAAGAGGAAGAAGCUAUCCCUUCCCAGAGGUCAAUACUGGAUGUGAAGGUUGGCGGGGACCCAGUGCUGUUCUUGGCAUCGCUGGCCACAGACCAGACCAGCAGCACCUUGCCAGCCAAUGGACGCUCUGAUUUGCAUCUCGUGUACCGUCUGCCCAUCUGUCCUCCCAAACAGCAGCUGUGUUGCUGCUGCAGUCCAAACCCAGCACCCAAGUGGGGUCUACAGGGCAUGUGUUGCGCCCAGGAGCAGAGGAGAUGGGCACCAGGAGAAGGAUCCGAGAGCCAACAAAUGGGGCGAGAGGACAUGAAAUGUUUCGCCAGCUGGUGCUGCUCUGUACAAACUGGAAACUCCCGGUCCUGUUUCAGUCCUCCAGGGAGGGCCCAGGACUCAUCAAGCGAACACCUGAGCUACCGUUUGGGCUGUGCCAUCCUUAGGGACAUGGCGUGGCAUGCACACCUGCCAUGGCUCCCCUCACGGAGGAGCCGGGGAUACAAUGUCCGGCUCUGCUGAGCUGCAUGGCAACUGCUCUGGUGGACCCUGCUGACGGAGCCCUCGGCUGUCAGUGGCAGUGCCAGGCCAACAUGGAGGGUGGUUCUAUAGCUAAGGGUACAUCAGCUUCUAGUCCAGAACCCUGGAAGACUCAGGGCUGACCCUCAGGACAUCAAAGCAUGGGAGAGAGGGCAGGGCCUGGUGAGGACUUGACACCUGUCAUCUCGUUUAGUCCCUGCCCCCACCCCCCUUCCCGAGGCAGGUGCAAUUUCAGUUCUCAUUUUGGGGAAUGCAGUGGUUGAAACCAAGACUCGUGAGCUGAGCAUGUUGGCAAGGGAAGGAGACUCACCCUCAGCUCUGCUGCCUCCCCCUGCACACCUCCCACCUCCCUCCCCAAAUCACCUGGGUUCCUCUUUAUAAAAAUCAGCAAAAAUCUUUAAUCAUGGCUCCACACUCACAUCUGAAGGCAGGCCUGCUAGCCCCGCAUUAGAAGUGAAGUUGCAGCUGGCUGGCUUCCCUCAGCUGUGUGUGUGUGUCUGCGUCUG